AGCGCGCAGCAGGAUGCUGUUAUUGAUUUAUCCAGACGGCUGUCAAACGGGAAAGAGGCUGGAAACUGGGUAUCCUAACCUAAAAUGUUCCCGAAUAUGUUGUUUCUGGUGGUAAAGAAGAAUUAAACAGUGCUUGAGGGGCUGUGAAAUGAGUGCUACUACAUGGAACUUUUUUGUCACACUUCUGUCUUCCUUACUUGUCCUAUGCAUUGCAAGAGGACCUCAUCACCCUAGGGGUGAAGUUGUAGUGAAAAGGCAUACGCACUACAGGCCGACAAAAGACAGUGAUAAAAUAACUGAAGACGAAAGUUUGCUACAUGACAAAGAACACAUACAAGAACAUCUUGAAGAAGUAGCUCCCCAAGUAGACUUGUCAAAAAUGACCGAGGAAGAAUUAGAACUGUAUUACUUUUUGUUACAUGACAGCGAUAAAGAUUCUAGACUUGAUGGAUUAGAAUUAUUAAACGCUAUCUUACACACAACUCAUCAAGGAGAUGAAGAUUAUUCGGAAAAUAGUCUGGACAAUAGUUCCAAUACAAAAACGAAUGAUUUUGAAGAGUUUGUUGAAUUGGUAGACCAAGUACUAAGAGAAGAAGAUAAGAACCAAGAUGGAUAUUUAGACUACACCGAAUACGUGGACAGUCGGAAACGAGCUCAAAAUGUCAGGGACAAAAACGUAUCUGUCAAAAUUGUGUGAUAUCAUAAAUAAUAAUACUUCCACAUGGGCGCCGGAAGAAUGAAAUU